AUGCACCUGGACACAUACGACACCAUGGCAAAAGACGCGGGGCACUCAGCCCACACACCUCGGACUAAAGCGCGGGGCCCACCACCACCCUUUUACCUCCCGCUAAACGUCGUGCUGUACCUAUGUCUCCUGACGAAUGGCCUUGCAGCUUUUUAUGCGCCGAUACAAGAUUGCGAUGAAGUGUUCAAUUUCUGGGAACCGACACACUACCUCGACCAUGGCUAUGGGCUCCAGACAUGGGAAUAUUCGCCGACAUACUCGAUCCGAAGUUGGCUCUACGUAUCGCUUCAUGCAGCAGUGGGCAAGAUAGGCGCGCUAGUGGUUCACACGAAAACAGCGGAGUUCUACUUUAUACGGAUGUUCCUAGCAUUUGUUUGUACUGCUUGCCAAACCCGAUUAUAUUCGUCCAUCUGCCGAUCCAUCAACCCUCGAAUUGGUCUCCUGUUCCUUACGGUCGUCCUUUUUAGUCCUGGCAUGUUCCAUGCGUCCACGGCCUUUCUGCCAUCGACAUUCACAAUGUACACUUCCAUGCUCGGGCUGGCAGCUUUCUUGGAUCUGAGAGGUGGCCCCAAAAUUGCACAGGGCAUCAUGUGGUUUGCUCUUGGUGCAAUUGUUGGCUGGCCAUUUGCGGGAGCGUUGAUCCUUCCUUUGAUAGCCGAGGAAGGUAUCAUUGCGAUCUUAUCAGGGUCCCUUGCGCCUUUUGUCUUGGCUGUCAUAGAUGGUGCUUUCAGGUGUCUCUCGAUAAUUUCUCUCGAGGUAACAAUCGACUACGCAUUCUUUCGAAAGAUUGUCUUUGUCCCUUGGAAUAUCGUUGCAUACAACGUACUUGGCGGUCAAGGAAGAGGGCCUGAUAUCUUUGGCACUGAGCCAUGGACAUUCUAUGUUCGCAACCUACUGCUGAACUUCAACAUCUGGUUUGUGCUGGCGUUGCUCUCUGCUCCGCUCCUCCUGAUCCAGGUGAUCUUCAGCUCCCAAACUGGAUCGGUCCAGAAGUUCUUUCGCUCGCUCACAUUUGUCGCGCCAUUCUAUAUGUGGUUUGGUAUUUUCACUAUGCAGCCACACAAGGAGGAGCGAUUCAUGUACCCGGCAUACCCAUUCCUUGCUCUUUCUGCGGCUUUUUCGUUCCAUUUAAUUCUCACUUAUCUUGGGUCCAGCAACCCAAAGGACGUCAUAGGCCGCAUUCCUGCAAAGAUCAAGCUUAUGGCCUCUGUGUCUGUUGUCCUUAUGGCCGUCAAUGCCGGCAUGCUCCGCACACUGGGGAUGGUAACAGCCUACAUUGCGCCGUUGAAGGUUUUCGAGCCUCUGCAGGGAGUGGGCCUAGAAGAGGCUGAAGCAUCUGUUUGCCUUGGCAAGGAGUGGUAUCGCUUCCCAUCGUCAUACUUCCUCCCGCAAAACAUGCAUGCCAAGUUCAUUCGAAGCGAAUUCCGUGGUCUACUUCCAGGCGAAUUCCCUGAUUCGCCAAGCUACCUCGGCCGUCUGGAAGGGACAUCAAAGAUUCCGUCGGGUAUGAACGACCUCAACAUUGAGGAUCCAAGCAAAUAUACCGAGAUAUCUCAAUGCUCGUUCCUCGUCGAUUCCUAUUUCCCCAGGCACGAAGCGACGGAGCUGGAACCACACUAUGUCCUGGACAAUGCCCAAUGGAAGACUCUGUCUUGUGCAAAAUUUUUGGACACAGCCCAGACCGGCUUGCUCGGACGAUUGAUCUGGGUCCCUGAUUUACCAUUUAUUCCUGAACAGUUCCAACGGAAAUGGGGCGAGUACUGCCUCUUGCAACGCCGGCCUGAUGACAUCAAGGCCGAAUCCUGA